CUUAUUUUCAAAAUAAAAAUGGCGUCGGCAUGUAUUGAUGUAAAUAAAUAACAUAAAUACAGAACUUGAUUAGAUUCUUAAGGAAAACAAUCAAUUCCAGUGCACUGGUGAAUGGAGUCCUCGAAAUAAAGUGUUGUGCAUGAAAGAUUUCAUCAGUUACCAGUAACAGUGAAAAAUAAUCGUUAAUAUGUUGUUCUGAAGGUUGUAUUGAGGUUAAAAACGUCCUCAAUAUGACAGUACGUAAAUAAACCCACAGUCAUGAAAUUGGAUUUCGCUAAAGGAGUGACUCAGGUUUCCAAUUAGACAAUAACUAAUUAUUAAUCAUCGACAUGUCGUUGUUUCCGGCUUACGAAACCACUACUCCCUCUCAAUCAUCGGAGGUUGAAAUUGUCGACAGUCGGAAUGACGCAAUUUGGUUGAAGAACUCGAGCUUUCAGGCGGAGAUAAUCCCAGGGUCUCCAGUUAUAUCCCCGUCCUCUGAUUCCUCAAAUGACGAGUUCUUGGAAACUCCCGGGGAAAAGGCACCGCCCGUGAUAUCUGUGAAUUCUGACAUCGAGGAGACUCAUCGUUACUCACCUCCUCCGCCAAAGAAACGCAGAAAAUCGAAGAAACGCAAGUCGAGUAAAGAAACAAAAUCGAAAAUUAAAUACGAACUAGUGGUUGAUAACGUGUACUUCGAUGAUAGAGUUCGAGACAAGGGCAACUUGAGGGUGGACACCCUCUGUUCACGAGCAAGGCCCCUCUACAGUUCUUCCUGCAAAACCCUGGGCCUCGCCUCUGUCAAGUACAAGAAAAAACAACUGUUGCAUCGAUAUUUCGCGUUAAUUGCUGAUUCAGCUAAAAAAUCGUCAAAAAAAUUCAAGGCCGAGCGUCCGACUCCCCAGAAUGAUCCCCAGGUGUCACAAGAGUUCCUCAACAGUCUGCAGCAAACCAAAGAAGAGGAAACAAGGCAGAAGAUUAAGGAAUUCAAUGAACAACUACUAGAAGACCCUCAAAACGUCGACCUCUGGGUCGAAUACAUAAACUUCGAGGAUCGAGAUCAGAAUUUCGAGAUGUGCCCUCACAGCAUGAAAUUGGAGACGGUAAAAUACCAGAGGAAAUUGGCGAUAACGGAGAGGGCGUUGGAGAGCAAUCCGAAUUCUCCCCUUCUCUUGAAAUACAAACUCAACUUUCUGAGUGAAUUAUCCCCAGCAGAUCAAUAUUCCUCUCAGGUGGAGCAUCUCAUCUCGAAGGAUCCAGGCAACCUGAUACUCUGGCAAGCCCUGAUAACUGCCACGAGGUCAUCAAUUGCCCUCUGUACAGCCCCAAAAGUCCUCGCUUUAUAUUCGAAAUGCUUCGCAAGUCUGCAUUUGUGGUCCAGAUCCACUCCACAAUUAUACGACAGUAAUUUACUCCAAAUGUUGUACCAGUGUCUGAUAUUCUUGAGGCAUGCCGGUCUCUGGGAGCAGAUGUGGGAGGCCCUGAGGAUGCUCUUGACCCUGAACCUGGGGAUCCCUAGGGAUUCCCGGAAUUUCAAGGAUUCGAUCGACGAGAAGAAGCUAAUUGGAAUGGAGGAGGUCAUUCUGACGUCACAAUUGCCUCUAAAUCAAUUAUGGCUUCGAGUGGAACUACUCAGGGAGAAUUGCCACUGGAUGACUAUCCAGAAAGAGGAUGUGGAGUUAAUUGGUGAUUCUCACAGGUUUAUCUCCCCCGAAGACGUCACCGAAUUUGUCCAUCCGUUGUUAUCAACCGGAUCUAAUUUUAGGCUCAGUAUACUCGCACUUCUGGCACUUAAAGUUCCACUUUUGCCAACGAGACACGUGAUUCUAAGUGAACUGGGAAUGACCGAGUGCAAUUGGGGAGUUGAUUCUGCUGAAAGCCUUUUGCCUAUGUUGUACCCUUGUGUGGGUGAAGUGGCUGGACAUCAGGAGAGAAUUUGUUUAUUGAAAGGGUUGAUUGAGGCGGGAAUAACGAGUGGACCUCAGUGUUUGAGGUACCAUCCUGCCCAGGAGGGCUUUGUGGAUUUCAUUCGGGAUGCAUUUCGAAUUAUCGCUGAGAAGUUGAACUUGAAGGAAAAGAAUCAGAUCUAUGUCUGGUGGAUGAGAUUCGAGAGGAGUUUAGUGGGAGUUCAGAAAUCCCAGGGGAUCAGAAAUGAGAAAAGUCUUAAAAAGUUGAAGGGGAUUCUUAAAGAGUUUUUGAAGAAAGAGGAGAACAGAAAUAACUUGGAUUUUUAUAGGGAAUAUGCUGUCAUUGAGAGAGAGAUGGGGAGGUGGGAGAACUGUAUGAGUAUUCUGGAGACUGCUAUCGAGAGCCGGGGAAAUGUGAUAUUAGGUAUUAAAAAUGUCGAUGAACAGAAAUGUGUCUUGAAUCUUUAUAGAACACUUCUGGAGUGUCUAUUGGAGACGAGGAAUUGGGAUGUGAAUAAUAAGACGAGGAUCAUGAAAAUUUUCGCACAAAUGUCUUCUGGAACGUCUGAAGCAGAACAAAUGUGUAGGACUGAGGAGUAUUUGCGGGAUUCGUACGAGGAAUUUAUUAACGCUCCAGAUAUCCUUGAUGCUGGAUUAGGCGAAUAUUUUCAACCUAAUUUCUAUUGUGAUGCAGUCAUGUGUUAUGUUUACUUUCUGUACAUUGGUGGGAGGGAUUUCGAAGAAAUUGACAGGGUAUUCGACAGGUGUAUCGAGAGGUCAAGGACAAAUCGAUAUUUAGAGGAAAUCUUUUACGAGGGGGAAUUAAUAUUCAAGCAGAUGGUGGGCGAACACAGCGGGAGGAGAGUGAAAGAUUUGAAGGCGAGCUUGGAUAUCGCUUUGAACAAAUUUCCUGACAAUUUCUAUAUGUUGUCAGUGUCUUCUGCUUUCGAGAGUGAACUUCCGAACUGGUGGGUUCGACCAUCAACCUCAACAACACGAGUUUGGCCGGCCAUCUCCACAUGUCUAUCAGGCAGAGCACGUCUCAAUUCCAAGGUCUGUCAAAAUGAUGACAUAGCUAAAACUGCAGCACUCAACAAAUUACUACACUUCCACAAAAGGCUCUCGAAAAUACCUGAAAUUCGAUGCUGCCCUUUGAUAUGGAGACUGUACAUGCUGUUACUACGAGAACACAAUCUCUGUGAGAAGAGCGGGGAGGAAAUUUAUCAUGAGAGUGUGGCAUCAUGUCCCUGGGCUAGAUGCAUUUACAUUGACGCUGCCGAGAUUGCGCCUCAACUUCUCACACAAAUUCAGGAUGUUAUCAAAGAGAAAGAUUUACGAAUGCAUGUCACACCUGAAGAGCUCGAUAUUCUCAGGGGAUGAAUUGUAUUCAGCGUUACAAUUUUCAUCUAGUAGAAAUUUUGGGAGUGAGUCUAUUUUGCUAUGUCAGGGAUUUAUGUAAAAAAUCAACGAAAAUUUAUAAACAUUUGUUAUUAAAUUAAUAGAGAUACAAUUUCUGUUUAUUUUCGAAGAUUUGCGAUAUAAACUUGCAUACAUUCUUUUAAGGAGACCAAAAUACUCAUCAAUAUUUGCAUAGUCAUUUUUACACCUCAAUCCUCAAAAUAUUAAUGAAUGAAUGAAAUUAAGCUGUGAAGGGGUUAAACAAGGUACGUACAUUUGACCACACCUCAGCUUUCAAUCAAUAAAUCAUAAAUUAAAUGAGAUAGAGAAAUUUUCCUUGAAAUUUUUUUGUAGAACGGAGUGAGUUGCACAAGAGUUCUUCAUAAAAAUUACGUCGAUUUCCUCCCUUUACUAAAUAUUCCAAGAUAACUGGACAAAAUCCACGUACUUCUUCUUACCCUUUCGAUACAAAAAUGUUCCAACUGACGAUAUUUUCCUACAAAAAUCAAUAAAGAGUCCCUAUCGUAUCUCCCCACCUUACGAAGCAUUUCGACAGCUCGAAUGCAUCAUAACAUAACCUUAAUGAUCAGCUGAAGACGUAGAAUUGGUCAGUGAUGAAGGAUUCUCUCUGAAACCAACUUGGUGGAGGAAAAAAAUCCCUUCCAACUAUUUUGGUUGCCCUCAACAUCGGCUUCUCCUAUUUUUACUCACGAGAGCCAUGUAAUAUACACGAAAACCUCUUUUAAAAUGGAUAAAAAAGCUGUGGUAGUGGCUGGAGAGGCUCCAGAAUCCGACGAGGAUAACCUGGAUAUAAAAACGAAAAGUCAUGAAGUAUUUGACAAUUCAAGGGUUUGGCUUUCAAGUAUCUCCCUAAUGCAUCUGGAACAAUAAUAUCUGGAGAAGCUACCGAGUCUGACGACGAUGGGGGUAGUUUGAGCAGUGCAAGUGUGGCAAUAGAUGUAACCGCUUGUCCUCCUUAUGUGAACGUGGGAUCAGGGAAUGACAGAAAGUUUAUAAAGUACAACAGUUUACUCCACCAUAAAUUACUUGUAUUAAAUAUCAGAAGAGAUUCUUCUAUUCUUAAAACACUAGAAAUCAAUGUAAAAAUUAGAAAGUUAAGUCGUUCAUUAUCAAAUGAAUUUAUCACAAUUGGUAAUAAUAAUAUUAAUGUGGUUUUGCGUUUUUGGC